UUAGUUUUGCAUUGUCAUCACUUCCAUAUGGGUUUGGUUCCACUUUCAUAAUUCUCGUUUUACUAUUAUAAUUCAUAACUUCUAUCAUGAAAGGAUUUUGAAUCCCCAGCUCCGCAAUGCAAAUGCUUAUUCCCUCUAGCAAAGAGUGAAAAUGUUUCAUUCACAGCUGACGUCACCGUCUCUUCCCCACUUGGACAAAAAGCACGUGUAAAUAUUUUUUUUAAUGCGUAAUUAGAUGCACACCACGCCAUCGUUUUGAUUUACGCUCGAAUCCCAGCUAUAGGACGAUGCGUGAGCGAAUAGGCUUUUGAGUUCUAAGCGGAACGUAUCAGAUUGUGGCAUGCUGAGAAGUUUGAAGAGCUCCGACGGCUCCCAAGUCAACCGCCGAGAUUCGAAUCCCGUGUCGUUGCCGAAGCAUGGUCAGAACAAAGCUGGCCGCAUAAAGAAUUAUUCCACAUUGAAAUUGCGCAUCGUAGAGCUUUUCACUCGCAGAAAAGAGCUUUGGAGUGAACGGGCGAUACUCUUCUUACUAUCGAAUGUUGGGACGCGAGUCGACAUGGCAAAAGGGCGGAGCCAAACGGAUGUUGUCGUGUCUGAGAGGGACGUGAAAGAACGUGCAUCCGGGGAACAAACCAUCAUGGUACCUGAUGCUGAGUCUGGCGAGCAUGAUCCUUAGGAACGCCAUCAACUGUGCACGCCACGCCAAAGAAAGUCCAGACUUCCGACCUCAGUCCUUCUGAACCAUCAUUCUCUUGACAUGCCACCAUGGGACCCGCACGCCCUGGUGAAACGCUGGCCUUGCAGAAACUCACCCAAGCUGGAAAUCUUUUCGCCCACUCGAAACUUUUAUAAAUAGGCAAAUCUGCGGCGAAGAGUAAAAACUCUAAACUGGUAGCUGAAGACUCGCUCAUCAACUUUCAUAGCGGUGAAGCUCCGAUAAACUGGGAAGGCACACAUAUGCAUACAUUCGAGACUCUGUAGCAGAAGCUAGAUUUCUGGCAUAGUAUAAUUCCCACGGCUUGAGAGUGCUGUCGGACGAAAUAAAUUUCACUCACUUUUUUGAUUCGUUCCAAUUUACGCGCUUGAGGAGGAGUAGCAGAAGGGCAGGGAUACUGAGUGGGCAGUGGGAGGGAGUUUAAUGUGCACUGUGCAUGCCAAGUGGAAGUUAGAGGAAGGCUGGGCUCUGGUGAGAACUGGUGAUGGUAUAAAUUGGUGCAAAGAUUGGUACUACUGUGGAUAUGAGAGACGGGACGUUACUUGGGAAUGUACUGAGGUUCACAGCUUGAAAGCGCUCGGCAAUCAAGCCCUCACAGUCACUCCACGGCCUACGAUCCCACCCACCCACCUAUUUGGACAGGUUUUUUUGAAAGCCUGGUUUCCUGCUAGUCAGAUCCUUUGUGUCUGAGUGGGAGAGGCAGACAGAGACAACUGUGCAAUCAGUACGUUAUAACGUGUGGUGGGGAAUACAGAGUCAGAUCUUGAAUUAUGGGUGGGCACAUUCCUCCUUUUCUGAAGAAAGGGUUUUAUGUACUCCUGAUCGUGCCUCUCUUCGCGCUCGUCUUCUCUCACUCUCAAUCCUGGGUUAUGGAGUCGGAGAAGAUGGCUUGCAUCGAUCCAGACGGCAAGGACGCGACGGGUUUUCAUCGAUCCGACUUUCCCAAAGACUUUGUGUUUGGAACUGCCACCUCUGCGUAUCAGAUUGAGGGCGCAAUCGAAGAAGGCGGUCGGGGUCUGACAAUCUGGGAUACAUUUACCCAAACUCCUGGUAAAAUUGCAGGGAAUACCUCUGGGGAUAUUGCGGUCGACAGUUAUCAUCGCUACAAGGACGACAUUGAGCUCCUCAAAGACUUAAAUGUAGAUGCUUAUCGGUUUUCAAUAGCGUGGAGCCGAAUAAUACCUGAUGGAAUUGGACAAACGGUGAACAUGGAAGGAAUUGCCCACUACAAUCGCGUGAUUGAUGCUCUCCUCAGCAAAGGUAUCAAGCCUUAUGUGACGCUUUAUCACUGGGAUCUACCACAACCUCUUCAGGAUAAGCUUGGAGGAUGGACAAGUCCAGAAAUUGUGAGUCACUUCACAUAUUAUGCUCAGAUCUGUUUCGCUUCCUUCGGAGAUCGUGUUAAGAAUUGGAUUACUUUCAACGAGCCGACGCAGUUUUGCUUCAACGGUUAUGGCAACGGGGUACAUGCACCUGGAAGAACCUCUGAUCGAACGUUAUCUGCUGUCGGAGAUUCAGCAACUGAACCAUAUUUAGCUGCUCACAACGUGCUGCUCUCUCAUGCAGCUACCGUGGAGUUAUAUAGAUCAAAUUACCAGGAAAAGCAGGGAGGAACAAUCGGUUUCACAAUUGAUUGCGAGUGGGCAGAACCUUUGAGCGAUUCACAAGAGGAUAAAAAAGCGCAGGAACGACGUUUAGCGUUCCAGCUUGGAUGGUGGUUAGAUCCUAUUUUCUUUGGUGAUUAUCCUGCUCAAAUGCGGGAAAAUAUCGGAGAUCGUCUGCCCACUUUCACUGAAGCUCAGAAACUACUGCUACGUGACUCGCUUGAUUUUAUUGGUCUGAAUCACUACACCUCUCGCUGGGUGACUAGUAACCCACUUCCUGAGGACCCGAGUCAGAGUAACUACUGGGUGGAUCAAGGCAUACAGACGACAAUUGAGAAAGACGGCGUUCAAAUCGGGCAGAGGGCUCAAUCGUUCUGGCUUUACGUUGUACCUUGGGGGCUGCAAAAACUCAUUGAACACGUAUGGGAAAAGUAUAAAGCUCCCAUCUACAUAUGUGAAAAUGGAAUGGAUGGACCCAACAAUGAAACGAUACCUCUUGAACAGUACUUAAACGAUACUGAGCGAGUUGACUUCUACAAUGAUUAUCUGAGAUCAGUUCAAGGAGCAAUACAGAACGGAGCAGAUGUACGAACUUAUUUUGCAUGGUCGCUCAUGGACAACUUUGAAUGGGCUGUGGGCUUCACCAGUCGCUUUGGUCUCUAUCAUGUCGACUUCGAGACUUUGAAGCGUACCCCCAAAAACUCAGCGAAAUGGUUCAGCAAGUUUCUUCAACCAAGAGACACCACACCUUGCCAAUUAGGUUAAGAUGAAGCAGGAUGAGAGACUCUGGCACUUUUGCUGUUAUAUGUGGCCUGGUGUUCCGACGAUUACUUUAUGUUCUAGCUUAUAGGACCUCACGGUAGUCGGCGAUGCUCCAGCAGAUGCUGUACUCCAUGUGCUGUGAGAUGUGUUCGGGUGUUCAAUCAUCCAGUCACUAUCUAACCAGCCAGCAAUCGCCGAUAUUCCACUUCACAACUUUACAUGCGCCUGUCAGCCCACCUUUUUUGUCAGCCUUCUUAGAUGGACCUCCGGCAUAUUUCACUCUCAAUUUUUACAGAGACUACUUUGUGAAGUACAUAUUUCAAUUGAGGUGUGUACAUCCUUACUUAGAGUAUGCGGAGACAUGGUGGCGAUUACAUGUACAGUAUACGGCAGCGCGGAAGUUCUCAAGCGGAAGUGUGGGGGCUUGGAUAUCAGAAUGCGAGAAACAGGCUCGAAGAUUUUUCCUUUUUCUCGAAGCGUUGAGCAAAAGAGCAAGAGCAAGAACCCCCUUGUUUGAGAGGAAAUUGCAGGGUAUCAGUCUCUGUUUAGUGAUUCUUUUGGUGGCCAUGAGGUCAUAUCGACAUUAUAAUCAAUGGAGUUGUCUCCUUGUCACCUUUAUUACUUACCUU